UACACUGACGUUCUUCUAUUAAAACGUAAAUUACGAAUACGUACUACUUGUUUCUUUGCAUGAUAGUUUGCGAUUCGUCGCUCCAAAUUCGAAAAACCAGCUUGUGCCGCUAUAGAUCUAUUUUUCAUAUAUCAUUGUUUACUAAAGAUUUUAUGUAAAAAUCCUCUCGCUCAUCGUGAUUUGUUGCGUACUGUUGCUCAAUACUUACGCCAAGGUGCUUACGGAAAUGAGCACUCUGGAAGAGGACAUCGUUCGAUGCGUCUUCAAACUAGUUCCCGUGAUAAGUCCAAAGUUAUCCGAAAGCACUGACUGCCAGGAGUCCGAAAAUAACGGAACUCAACAGGCUAACGAAAUCCCCAAAGAAGGCGCAGCUGUAGAUGAAGCUGCCGAUCCAAUGAAGCCUCUAAGCCUACCAACAGUAUAUCUGCAGGACAAUCAAGCAGUUACACUGGGACGAUGUCGUUUAACGCAAAUACGAGAUCUGAAACUGUCCCGCAGACAGGUCCGCGUGGAAGCCAAGGCGUCGUCGGGCCAUGUGGAAGUGACCCAGUUGGGCAAAUUGCAAAAUUCCCGGAUUAACGGCGAUUCUCUAGUCUAUCCCUGGAGUCGCAUUAUUUAUCCCGGAGAUUCGCUGUGCCUAGCUGAAAAUUGUUAUGAAUACAAAUUGGAACGCGGAGAGAAUGCCGAGACCACGGUGCGAUGCAGUAUCCCUUCUCGGAAACGCCCAAUUACCGAGACAUUCGACACGGACACCGCUACAACCACUCCGGCCAGUGCCAGUUCUUCUCGCGGCCGAAAAAGCUACAAAAUGGUCCAGGGAUCACCAUUCACGCCUCAGCAGCUGGUUGACCAGCUGACAUUUUUAAGUUCGGGGAAAAAACGCAGGACAAGCUCAGUUGCAGAGGAGAAAACUGCCGCAAGUGGGGGCGAGAGUUAAAGCUAUGUGUUUUGUCACAUAUUGUUUUGCAUGAUGUUGUCGUAUAGAGGUGCUCUGUAUUAUGUGGAGCGUCGUGUCGGGAUCCGGGCUUGGUAUUUGUUAUUAUUUUUGGGUUUAGGUGAUAUUUUUUAAUCGCGAUGAUUGGCAACACCGAGUAAUAUUGCGCCUUCCUCUUUGCUGUACUUGUUACACUACUUUUUUGCUUUUUUUAAUUUAUUACAUCUUAUUGUAUUUGAUAUGGCAUUAAUACUGUUUUUUAAGCUAUCGUUGUUGCAUUAUCAGUGCUUGUGUAGUAAAUUUUUGGCUCAUCGG